CCUGCUGGCGUCACCACAGCUGCUAGCUCGUCGGUUAGCGUGCUAACAGCGUCCAGCAGUGAUGAGACAGCGACGGGAUGAGACAGCAAACCUGCGAAUGAAGCCAUUUCCCCUCCUCACGCAGGCCUGAGAGCAGAAGGCGGCGUGAAACGGAUUUAACCGGCGACUCGAAGCGUCUGAGUCUCAAUUCACUCAAAUCAAGAGUUCGGAGGAGCGUCUGCAAUUCUGAGGUGAUGUCGACGGUCUGUUUAUGUUCAUUUAUCAACCGGUAACUGACGCGUGUCGCUGACACAAACGCGUAUAUCUAUCAGGACAUAAAGUUAACGAUAUUCUGCUGAUGGAUUGAGUUCGCUGUCGGUUAACCAACCGGCGCGGUUACCGUGCUAACCGGGAGCUAGCCGACACUAGCCUGCGUUAUUCAUCAUAAACACUCGCUGAUCACUAGCAGCGCGGAGAUCUGUCGGAGCAGCUGUCAAACUCUUUAAAUGGGGACUACAAACGGUUUGAUAACGACGUCACUGCACCGACUGUAGCGUGUUUAUCAGCUCCAGCGCACCGUUUACCGACGACCGCCGUGAUGGCGCAUCCGCCGCCGGCCGGUUCGUCGUCCCCCGGGCCGCACAGCCUCGGUAUCCCGACGGUGAAGAAGAAGAGCGGCUUCCAGAUCACCAGCGUCCUGCCCGCGCAGGUGUCCUCCGCCAGCGCCAACAACAGCAUCGCCGACGACACCGAGAGCUACGACGACAUGGACGAGUCGCACACCGAGGACCUGUCGUCGUCAGAUAUGCUGGACGUGUCGGUUUCCCGAGCCACGGACACCGGCGUCCCCGAGCGGAGCUCGUCUGAGGAGACGCUGAAUAGUUUACACGGCGGCGAGACGCCGGGAGUCACGUCGCCUAACGAGCCGGUGAUGCACCAGGGGUACAUGGUCAACGGUGUCCAUCAUCAUCAUCAUCAUCAACACAAGACCGGACGAUCCGUGGCUCCUUCGGCGAAUCCUUCAGUGAUUCCUUCUACGAUUCCUUCUACAAUUCCUUCUACGAUUCCUUCAACGAUCCCCGCUGCUCCGCAGGCUCCGCAGGCUCCGGCCCCGAGCGGACGCUCCGUUCAAGCGGAGGCCGGCGGAUCCGCGUCGAGCUCGGUUUCUGUCGCGACGGACUCCGCGGCUGGAGCUCCGAUGCCGUUUGUAUCCGCAAUUCCGGCGACCACCGCGUCGCGCUUCAGGGUCGUGAAGCUGGACUCCAACUCGGAGCCGUUUCGGAAGGGACGCUGGACUUGUACGGAGUUUUACGAAAAAGACGCGCCACCUGGAGACGUCGCGUCCGUCGCAUCCGUCGCUCACAGAGCGGUGGAGAGCGUCAUUCAGUCCGAGCACGAGACCACGAGCGGCAGCUCCUCUGGAAGCACCAUGAGCGGCGGCGGCGGCGGAGAUGUCCAGCAGGUUUACGCUCAAGACGCAGGCGCUCACCUGAUGCCUCAAGCCUCUGCCGCUCCGACGGAGAGCCCAUCCGCUCCGCUUCGAUCCUACAGCGUAGAGCCCCCGAGCAGCUACGCUCAGCUCCAACCUCUUCAGAUUCCUCCGAUUCCGAACGCAGUGUCGCCCAGAGCCACUCCAGUGUCCAUCGGGAUUCUGGGGCCCGUGUCUCCGAGGCCCCUGCAGAUGGGCAUCAACCCGGACCAACCUGGAGCGCAGCUGUCUUCAUCCCGCAGCUCCAGCUCCGCUCAGAGCGACCUGCAGCCACUGAGGGCCCCGCUGCACCUGGCGGGCCCCGCGUACGUGACGGCCUCGCAGCUGGAAGAUGCUCAGCGGCUCCUGCUGCAGCACCACACGCUGCUGUCGCUGGCUGCAGGAGGCAGGGCAGGCCUCGCAGGACCGACUGCGGCCGCUCUCGGACAGGACGGAGCUGCCAGUGCUUUUGCGGUCUCGAGUGGAGCAGAUGAAGACAGUUCCUCCGGAGCCAGUGUUGUGGCCAUAGACAACAAGAUCGAGCAAGCCAUGGACCUGGUGAAGAGUCACCUGAUGUACGCGGUGCGUGAGGAGGUGGAGGUUCUGAAGGAGCAGAUCAAGGAGCUGAUGGAGAGGAACUCUCAGCUGGAGCAGGAGAACACGCUGCUGAAGAACCUGGCCAGUCCAGAGCAGCUGGCGCAGUUCCAGGCCGAGGUCCAGACCGGGUCGCCCACCGCAGGGGCCCCGAACCCGGGCCCCGGACCCACCGCCUGACUACCUCUCCUGACCAUACUGUGAACAGACUCCACAAUCAACACGGCUCGGACGCUGCUUCUCAGACAAUCUGGACUGAGCCGGACCGGACAGUAUUAGCCGCCACUCAGCUUGUGUUUUUACCAUGUUUCCAGUCGCUCUGUUGGUUUUAUUGGUUGGCUUUUAGUUUUGUUCCUCUAGCUGUAUUGAAUUCAUAAGGAGCACUUUGUCAUCGACAUGUGAAUAAGACCAAACGAGCACCGCCGUGAGGACGAGCGUGACCGCUGACCCCUUGACCUCUGUGUCAUGUGUAUAAAAAAACAAAACAAAAAAAAAACAGUGGACUGUGAAUCCGCUUUCAGGAUGGAUUUUCUGUGAGCUCGUGAACGAGGUCUGCUCUCGUUAAGUUAUUUGCCUUACGGUCCAUGGCUCUGGUCACACUCUGGUCAGUCUGACCUGUGACCUCACAGUAUGUGCAUGUUUCCUUCAAAACAAUGUGACGUCAUGCAGCUGCACUAAACUGUUGCACAUAGACUUUAAUAAAUGACGAGGAAAUGAAA